AUGCCGACAGAACUAGAAGACUUGGUUGAGUUCCUGCAUCAUGGCAACACACAGAUCCGACAAGCAGCUGUGGAACACCUCGUCGGAUACUCGCAGACCGACGUCCCACUCUUCAAGCGCAACCAACUCGAGCCUGUUAAGGACUUGAAACUUCUUGUCAAAGAUUACGCGCCGAUCGCGAAAAAUGCCUUCACCAUCCUCAUCAAUAUCUCCUCAGAUACGGAGAUUACAAAGACCCUCGCGAAGGACGAUGCUUUCCUAGAGACGCUUUUGUCGCGGAUAACCAAUCCGAAAGAACGAAAUGCGAACGAAAUUGCUAUGCUCCUCGCCAACCUGGCCAAAGAUGACUCACUCCAACGGGUGCUCGAAUUGAAGCGCGACGUACCCAAGGAGCUCUCCAAGUCGAAAUGGGCCAUGGAUCAGCUCAUGGACUGCUUUGUCAAGGGUGCUGAGGGCGCAUACAACAAGCACGCAGACUUCGACUACCUGUCGUACUUUUUCGCCGACUUGGCCAAGUUUCCAAAAGGACGCGAAUACCUCACCACCCCACAAGAGCACGAUGGCGACAUCAUCCCCAUAACCAAGAUCCAAGUCUUCACAGACCACGCUUCGCAUAUUCGACGCCUCGGCGUAGCCUCUGCAAUCAAGAACGUCGCAUUCCUCGUCCCCGCCCAUCCAGUCCUACUCUCGAAUUUGUCCCCCGACCCGACUUUACCUCCACCCCACAUCGGCGCGAACCUCCUCCCUUACAUACUCCUCCCGCUCAUGGGCCCAGAAGAGUACGCAGACGACGACACAGAGGGCAUGCUCGACGAACUACAACUCCUCGAACCAGACAAGGAGCGCGAGAAGGAUGUCGAGAUCAUGAAAGCACACUUGGAGACGCUGUUACUACUGAGCACAACGAAAGAGGGACGCCAAGUUCUGAGGAAAGUAAAAGUAUAUCCGAUUGUCCGGGAAUGCCACAUACAAGUCGAGAACGAGGAUGUGCGCGAGGCUUGCGAUCGCGUGGUGCAGGUUAUCAUGCGAGAUGAGGAGGGCGAGGAGUCGGAGAUGCCACAAGCAAGUGCUUAUGCUGGGGAUAGCGGUAAGAUGAUGGCUCUGAAGAAUGACGAGGAGGAGGAUGAGGACGAGAAGAUUGUUGACAUUCUAUGA